AUGGGCACAGAAAACCAAACCUAUUUGACUGAAUUCAUCUUGCUGGGGCUUUCCUCAGAUCAGCAGACCCAGAUCCUGCUGUUUGUGAUAUUUCUCAUCAUCUACCUGCUAACUGUGUUUGGGAAUCUGCUCAUCAUAGUGCUAAUUCAUGUUGACUCUCAACUUCAUACACCAAUGUACUUUUUCCUUAAAAACUUAUCAUUUACUGAUCUCUGUUUCUCUACAACAAUCGUCCCCCAGAUGCUAUUCCAUUUGUUGGUAAUGAGAAAGACCAUUUCCUUUGCUGGGUGUUCCAUUCAGAUGAUUGUGUUCCUAGUAGCUGGAUGUACAGAGAGUUCCCUCCUAGCGGUGAUGUCCUAUGACCGCUAUGUGGCUGUUUGUAAGCCUCUUCACUACUCCACCCUCAUGGUCCCCAGAGUUUAUGUCCAGCUGGCCAUAGGAUCUUGGGCCAGUGGAGCAUUCGUGUCUCUAGUAGACACAACAUUUACUUUAUGUGUCUCAUACCACAGACAGAGCAUAAUUAAUCAUUAUUUUUGCGAACCUCCUGCACUCUUGAAGUUGGCUUCAGAAGAAACCUACAAAGCUGAGAUGGCCAUUUCUGCAAUGGGUGUGGUAAUCCUCCUUGCUCCUGUCUCCCUAAUCCUUGUCUCCUUCUGGAAUAUCACCUCCACUGUGACCCAGAUGCAGUCUGGGGAGGGUAGGCUUAAAGCCCUCUCCACCUGUGGCUCCCAUCUCAUUGUUGUUGUCCUCUUCUAUGGCUCAGCACUAUUUGCCUACAUAAGGCCAAACUCCAAGAUAAUGAAUGAAAGGGAUAAAAUGAUCUCUGUGUUCUCCUUAGCAGUGACACCCAUGCUGAAUCCUAUCAUUUAUAGUCUGAGGAACAAGGAUGUCAAAGGUGCUCUCAGGAGAGUGACUGCAAAAUAA